CGCGCCGAAGCUUCCCUUCAGUCUGGCCGGAGCCGUCGACGGAGGCGGACGCGGGAAUUAAAGGGACCUGACGAGAAUUUUUCCCGAUUGGAUUUUUAUUUUAUUUUUCUGAGGGAAUUUUUUUUCCUUUGUGGCCGCUGUUGUUGUUUUGGCGGGCGACCAUGAGCGGCGGGGAGUUCCUGAGGAGAUUUUGAGGCGACUCUGAGGCGAUUCUGAGGGGAGAUGUGGAGGCGAGGCCGCGGCUUGUGAAGCGGAGUCUCUCUCGCUCGCUGUCUCGCUCUCUCGCCCGCCGGGAAGAUGGAGGCCGUGGCGCGGGGGGGCUUCCAGCCGCACCCGGGCCUGCAGAAGACCCUGGAGCAGUUCCACCUCAGCUCCAUGAGCUCCCUGGGCGGGCCCGCCGCCUUCUCGGCCCGCUGGGCGCAGGAGCUGUACAAGCGCGACGGGGCCAAGGAGGCCUCGGAGCUGCCGCUGCCCCCGCCGGCGCCCUCGGGGCCCUUCUUCCUGCCCUCGGACCGCUCCACGGAGCGCUGCGAGACCGUGCUGGAGGGCGAGACCAUCUCGUGCUUCGUGGUGGGCGGCGAGAAGCGCCUCUGCCUCCCCCAGAUCCUCAACUCCGUCCUCAGGGACUUCUCGCUCCAGCAGAUCAACGCCGUCUGCGACGAGCUCCACAUCUACUGCUCGCGCUGCAACGCCGACCAGCUCGAGAUCCUCAAGGUGCUGGGCGUGCUGCCCUUCUCUGCCCCGUCCUGCGGCCUCAUCACCAAAACCGACGCCGAGAGGCUCUGCAACGCGCUCCUCUACGGUGGCGCCGUCCCUCCCCGGAGCAAAAAGGACUUUAACUCAUCCUCGUCGUCCCCGGCGUUGGAGCUGGAGCUCUCGGAGCGGAGCUUCCGGGUCUACCACGAGUGCUUUGGGAAGUGCCGGGGGCUCCUGGUGCCCGAGCUGUACAGCAGCCCCGCCGCCGCCUGCAUCCAGUGCCUCGACUGCCGGCUCCUUUACCCGCCGCACAAGUUCGUGGUCCACUCGCACAAGGCCCUCGAGAACCGCACCGUCCACUGGGGCUUCGACUCGGCCAACUGGCGCGCCUACAUCCUCCUGGGCCAGGACUAUGCCGGCAAGGAGGAGAAGGCCCGUCUCGGGCAGCGCCUCGACGAAGUCAAGGAGAAGUUCGACUUCGGGAGGAGGUACAAGAGGAAAGCGCCGCCGCCGCAGCCUCCGCCACCACAGCCCCGGGUCCCCUGUGAUCCUCCCGCACCCAAGAAACCCAAAACAGAUGACUCCUUGCAGUCUCCGAUAGUCGGUGACAAAGAGAAACAGUCCAAUUGGUUACGGUCCUUGUCCACUCCAUCCAGCAAGAAUGUGGGUUGCAUAAACCCGCGGCAGCGUCUCUCUGCAUUCCGACCCUGGUCCCCUGCGGUUUCGGCAAACGAGAAGGAACUUUCGAGUCACAUCCCCGCAUUGAUCCGAGACAGUUUCUAUUCGUACAAGAGUUUUGAGAAUGCCAUUGCACCCAACGUGGCUCUUGCCCCUCAUCCUCACCCAAAGAUCAUCAGCAACCCCCCAUGUGCCACAAUAGCGUCACGGAACAACGAGCCACUGAACAGCCCUCCGCAGCCAAGGAAAAGGAAACAUGUCUCCGAAACCCCCACCGUUCCCGAACCCGCGCCCACCACGGUUGUCCCACCCCCCGCCGCCCCUGUCCCCGCCGCAGAAGAGGACAAGGAGUCGGAAGCAGAGAUCGAAGUCGAAACGCGAGAAGAAUGUAAGUUCACCUCCUCCCUGUCUUCGCUCUCCUCCCCGUCCUUCACGUCGUCGAGCUCCGCCAAGGACAUGAGUUCGCCCGGCAUGCCCGCUCCGCCCGCCGUCUGCAGCACGUUCGACGCCACCGCCGGCCACGUUGAGCCCCAGAGCGGGGCCAGCGGGCUGGAAGCCGAGCUGGAGCACCUCCGGCAGGCCUUGGACAGCGGCCUGGACACCAAAGAAGCCAAAGAGAAGUUCCUCCACGAAGUGGUGAAGAUGAGAGUCAAGCAGGAGGAGAAGCUCAACGCGGCCUUGCAGGCCAAGCGAAGCUUACACCAGGAGCUGGAGUUCCUCCGCGUGGCCAAGAAGGAGAAGCUGCGGGAAGCGACCGAGGCCAAGCGUAACCUGAGGAAGGAGAUUGAGCGUCUCCGAGCCGAGAACGAAAAGAAAAUGAAGGAGGCCAACGAGUCGCGGAUACGACUAAAGCGGGAGCUGGAGCAAGCCAAACAGGUCCGGGUGUGCGACAAGGGCUGCGAAGCGGGACGGCUGCGAGCCAAAUACUCUGCUCAGAUUGAAGACUUGCAAGUCAAACUCCAGCAUGCGGAGGCAGACCGGGAACAGCUGCGGGCCGAUCUGUUGCGCGAGAGGGAAGCCCGGGAACACUUGGAAAAAGUUGUGAAGGAACUUCAGGAGCAACUGUGGCCUAAACAGACCGACGAACAGGCGACAAAAGACAUGGAAAACUAAGCCAGUGCUGAAGAGCACCGUGAUAUCGGCCUAAUCUGGAGGCCACCGAUUGACAAAAUAUGCACAGUUAGGGAGAGUGUGUGGGAGAGUCGCCGGGGUGAUGCCGACAAACACGGACGCGGUUAUGAAUCGGAGAGCAAACGUUACCCUUUACAACAGAAGCACUGAAUCCCACCUCUUUUUUCAGUCCGUAUAGCACAACAUCUUCCUGUGCCUGUAACAUGAAGAGUGUUUCUAAACCUAAAGUACUUUUUUUUCGAGUCUGCAGCAAAAAAACAAACAAAAAAACAUCAAAGCAAAUUCUGUCUAGCAGCUAAACAAAAUCAAAGGCAGCGAACCGGGGCUCGCUUUCCGAGAAAACCUUUUGGAACGGAAACAAAUGCAAAAACAAAAUACCAUUUUUGUUACAAAGCUGUUGAACGACACACACAACUGAGUCAUUCAAGUGUGGUAUUAUAGCCAUCGACCAGUUUUUUUUUUAAGUGUGUGUGUGUAUAUAUAUAUAUAUAAAUAUAUAUAUAUAUAUAAAUAGAUAUAAAUAUAUGGGGAGGGGGAAAUACCGAAUUUGUAAAGACAAGUUGUUACAGAUGUUGGGUUCGUACUUCAAAGCUUGUCAUAAAAAAAAGCCUAAUUAAUAGUAAGCCAUGACCAUUUUGAACCAGACGAUUUGUAUGAAUCCUCAGAUAAUUUUUUACAAACUCUAUAACAAUUUUUUUUGGUGUGUUUUACCCAUGGUUAGAAACGGGAAAAGACGGGAUCUUGGUGUGUUUUGGUGGGAUAUCGGGGUGGGACUUUGUUUUAAAAGAACCAAGCCUUAUCGAAUUCAGUGUUUAGUAACCACGACGCAACUUUGGGAGAGGAAGAGGGAGGCGGGCAGAGAGGGAGGAUGUGUUUUGAGGACUCGAGUCAACUUUAGAAGCACUUCGGUUCGAGGAAUUCAACAGAAACGAAAUCGAAAACGUGGCUGGACCAUGACGUUCCCUGCGAGAGAGAUCCGAAACGGCCUGGCAACCUUUGGAAAACCCUCUUUCCGUGUUCUCCGAGAACUUGUUUGCAUUCUAACAUCACCUCAGAAAUUUCAGUAUUUUAUUGACUUCCCCCAUUAUCACGCGCGUGCGGAUUUCCAUAUCCUCCGAAAGAGCGUAUUACAGAAACAAAAAAAGACUGCUGCUGCUGUGAAUAAGCCUACGUUUCUUAUUCUCAUUUGGUCAUUGUGGGGUAUGUACGUGUGCGUCUCUCUCUCUUUUUUUUCUCUCCAAUGUGACAAAUACUUUAAUGUUGGGAUUUACGCCGCCGAUGUGUCUCCAACGACAGAUUGUAUAAAUAUGCAGUAAGUAACAAAAAACUCAGGGCAAAAUCCUCACCCCGGUGGAAGUUUCGCUUCCUCGUGAUUACUGGACCCCAACGCCUUUGGGAAUGUGUUGUCGAAAGCUUUCAUGGCCGGGAUCACGGGGUUGUGGUGCAUUUUCCGGGCAGUAUAGCCAUGUUCCAGAAGCAUUCUCUCCUGACGUUUAUAUAUAUAUAUAUAAUAUAUAUAUAGACUAGCUUUGCCCGGCCAUGCAUUGCUGUGGUUUAUGGGAAUCCUUUGUUGGCCAGGUGGAAUAGCAGUGAAUAGCCUUGCAGCCUCAAAGCCUGGCCGUUUUCUGGAGUAGCUGGAGCUUUUUGUUGUAUGAACGCAGAGGCAUGGAUGAGGGGUUGUGCCGCCAAGUUUAGUGUUUCUGGGAUGUGUAGUUUUGUUGUUUUGUCCUAGGCCGAAACGUCACGACCCUUUUAUAUAUAUAGAUGGGAAGGUUGGCUGGAAUCCUGUGUCGCAGUUAUGAAUGCAUCACAGAGUUAAGCGCCCGUGAGUGCUGUGUAUUCGUAGUCCCUGCGUCAACCUGGAGACUAUGGAAACAAGCAUGUGGAUAAUGCUUCUGGUCUGUCUGGCCAUGUUCCAGAAGCAUUCUCUCCUGAUGUUUCGCCCACAUAUAUGGCAGGCAUCCUCAGAGGUUGUGAGGUAUAUAUAUAUAUAUAUAUAUAUAUAUAUAUAUAUAUAUAUAUAUAUAUGGGAAGAUUGGCUGGAAUCCUAUGUCGCAGAUAUGAAUGCAUCACAGAGUUAAGCGCCCGUGAGUGUUGUGUAUUCGUAGUCUCUACGUCAACCUGGAGACUAUGGAAACAAGCAUGUGGAUAAUGCUUCUGGUCUGUCUGGCCAUGUUCCAGAAGCAUUCUCUCCAGUCGUUCGCCCACAUCUAUGGCAGGCAUCCUCAGAGGUUGUGAGAUAUAUAUAUAUAUAUAUAUAUGGGAAGGUUGGCUGGAAUCCUAUGUCGCAGUUAUGAAUGCAUCACAGAGUUAAGCGCCCGUGAGUGUUUCGUAUUCGUAGUCCCUAUGUCAACCUGGAGACUAUGGAAACUUCCCAAUCCUCAUUUACCCAGCAACACUUCCCUUGUGGGAAGCCAGUCCCAUAGCUUUUUUUUUUGCCAGUGAUAAGUGGUGCAAGUGACCCUAUUCCUGCCUAAGGCAAUGGGGAUCACUCAGUGGCAUCCAGAAGAUUCCCGAGCAACAAGGAAACAGAUUCCCAUUGUGUUGUUGGAGGAUUGAAUGGCUGGAAUAGCCGUGAGUUUUCCGGGCUGUAUGACCAUGUUCCGGAAGCAUUCAGGCGAAACAUCAGGCCAUACAGUCCAGAAAAUUCACAGCAACCUAGUGACUCUCAUUGCUCUUUCUGGUAAAUGGGAAUCGGCGGGUGGGUUGCGCGGGAAUUCAUGGAACCGUAACUGUAGCGCUAUGCACAAAGAUCAAACGGGAUUCUGUUGGGUAUUUCUCUAUUUCUCUAAUAACUAAGCAAAGUGCAGCUUACACGUCCUAAAAUUGCAUUACAGAUUUUUAAAAAGCUGGGUUGUUUUGAAUUUUCCUGGCCACUUUCCAGAAGCAGACUCUCCUGACGUUUCGCCCACAUCUAUGGCAGGCAUCCUCAGAGGUUGUGCGGUAUAUGUAUAUGGGAAGUUUGGCUGGAAUCCUGUGUCGCAGUUAUGAAUGCAUCACAGAGUUAAGCGCCCGUGAGUGUUGUGUAUUCGUCAACCUGGAAACUCCUCAAUCAUUUACCCAGCAACAGUUGUGAGGUCUGUUGGAAACUAAACAAGGGAGGUUUAUAUAUCCGUGGAAGGUCCAGGGUGGGAGAAAAACGUUGUUAUUAUCCAGUCCGAUGAAGAGGAGGGGUGACAGAAUCAGGUUGCGGAAAACGGGAAGGAUGGGAUAACGAUACUAACGAAACUUGCAUGAUACGAAGUUUUCUCGAGUUUUGAGGUUUUGCCCUUGUUUUAUUUGCAGUGAGUUGGAUGCAGCUCUCCCUUCCUAAAGUGCAAUGCAAAAUAUAUAUAUAUAUAUUGUGUUUAUGCAGUUAUUUUUUUAACGUGAGGGGUUUUUUUUAAAUUGCUUCUUGUAUUGUUUUUUUUUCUGCAUUUAUUAAAAAAGAACCAUAUGCAUGGAAUUGAAAUCUUUGCCAUACAUAUAUUAAUUAAUGGGCAUUAUUACCGUCAUAUGUAAAGGUGCAUUAAGAUUUGUUUCGUUGUUUUGUUUGUUCAUUCUUGGCCAUACGAAUUUCCAAGAUUUUUUUUUUAACGCUUAAAUUUGCAGUUCUUCCUUGGUGAUUUUAGUCCUUAGUCCGGAGCUCUUUGUAGUGAGUCGAACCCGCCAACAAGAAGUCGCAAAGUGUUAUGGCAAAGUGGUGGUGCGUGUUGUCGAAGGCUUUCAUGGCCGGAAGCUGUGAGUUUUCCGGGCUGUAUGGCCAUGUUUCAGAAACAUCAGGAACAUGGCCAUACAACCCCGAAAACUCACAGGAGAUGGGUCACGGCAAUGAGACUUCCUCUAGGCCAGAGGUUUCCAAACAUUUCAUGAUUGUGUCAUUUCGCGACACAGUGAUUCAGUUUUAUUAGGAAAUUUGAGGUUAUGAGUGUUGGGAUUUUCUUGUGUUAGGGAAAAUCCCCAAAAACAUACCAGAAGUAAUGCAAACUUUUGAAAAACCCCAACAUCUUAGAAAAGCAGAGAAAACACACAUUUUUGUGCCUCAAAUGUUAGCCCUGUUUCUGGGUAUAUUUGACCUGCUGAUUGAAAAAAUGGCAUCAGUUUCCCAUAUCUAUCAGCUCUAGAAUAUUUAUUUAUUUUAUUUUUCAAACUUAUAUGCCACCACUCCCCUAGGGCUCGGAGUGGCUUACAAGAACCGGCUAAAAUCAACAAUUUAAAAAACAUCUUAAAAACAUCUUUAAAAAAUAUGUGACAUAUACCACUUUAUCUGCUCACCCAUCGAAAAUCAUAAUGACCAUAUCUAAGAAACUAGAGCGGAUGCGAUCUAUCCAAAAAAUUUUAUCGUAUCAGAAGCAAAUUGAGAAUAUACAGCAAGUCACUUCCGGUGUGAGAGAAUCGGUCAUCUACAGAGAUGUUGCCCAGGGGAUGCCCAGAUGUGUUAGCAUCCUGUUGGGAGGUGUCUCUCAAGUUCUCGCAAGCUAGAGCUGACAGAUGGGAGCUCACUCCGAGAACAUAGUGUAAGUCGCUUCUGGUGUGAGAGAAUUGGCCGUCUACAGAGACGUUACCCAGGGGAUGCCUGGAUGUGUUACCAUACUGCUGGGAGGCUUCUCUUAUGUCACCACAAGCUAGAGCUGACAGAUGGGAGCUCACCCCAAGAACAUAUUGGUGUGAGAGAAUUGGCUGUCUACAGAGACGUUGCCCAGGGGAUGCCUAGAUGUGUUACCAUACUGCUGGGAGGCUUCUCUUCUGUCCCCACAAGCUAGAGCUGACAGAUGGGAGCUCACCCCAAGAACAUACUGGUGUGAGAGAAUUGGCCCUCUACAGAGACGUUGCCCAGGGGACGCCCGGAUGUGUUACCAUCCUGCUGGGAGGCUUCUCUUGUGUCCCCACAAGCUAGAGCUGACAGAUGGGAGCUCACCCCAAGAACAUACUGGUGUGAGAGGAUCAGCCAUCUACAGAGACGUUGCCCAGGGGACACCCGGAUGUGUUACCAUGCUGCUGGGAGGUUUCUCUUAUGUCCCCCACAAGCUAGAGCUGACAGAUGGGAGCUCACCCCAAGAACAUACUGGUGUGAGAGAAUCGGCCGUCUACAGAGACGUUGCCCAGGGGAUGCCUGGAUGAGUUACCAUCCUGCUGGGAGGCUUCUCUUAUGUCCCCACAAGCUAGAGCUGACAGAUGGGAGCUCACCCCGAGAACAUACUGGUGUGAGAGAAUCGGCUGUCUACAGAGAUGUUGCCAAGGGGCGCCUGGAUGUGUUACCAUCCUAUGGGAUGCUUCUCUUAUGUCCCCAUGAGUCUAGAGCUGACAGAUGGGAGCUCACCCCAAGAAUGUACUGGUGUGAGAGAAUUGGCCAUCUACAGAGACCUUGCCCAGGGGACACCCGGAUGUGUCACCAUCCUGCUGGGAAGCUUCUCUUAUGUUCCCGCAAGCUAGAGCUGACAGAUGGGAGCUCACCCCAAGAACAUACUGGUGUGAGAGAAUUGGCCGUCUACAGAGACGUUGCCCAGGGGACGCCUGGAUGUGUUACCACAUGGGAGCUCACUCAGUCUCGCGGCUUCGAAUUGCCGACCUUCGGAUCUAUCCAGUGCAGUUUUCUGAAUCGGUGCCUCAAAUAAACCCAGGAACAGGCCUGAGACGCAGAAAAUGUUGUUGUUGUUGGGCUGUGUGAUUGUCGUCUCUCUUGUUGUUCUUUUUUUUUUUUAUGGUAACCUCUCGAUUUUUCCACCCAACGGCCAGCCAGAACCCUCUUGGAGAGCUUUCCAAAGCAAAUCAUUAAGUAGGAACAGAAAACGUCAGGAAGGGAACAAAACACGUUUGACAGUUCUUGCGGAUUCGCCACGCUUUUCCUUUUCGGCAGAUGGACACAAUCAAGCGAUUUUUGUCGCUGCAAACCACGAGGCUCGUUGCUGGCCCCCUUCCCAGCCCCGCUGCGUAUAAAUAGCUCAUCCGAACACGGCAAAAUGGUUGCUUGUGCUCCAGAUGGGUGGCAACGUUCUCCGCGAACGUUCGCCUUCGGAUGAAAACACUAUCGCGGUAAUUUUCCUCCGGGAUCAAGUUCCUCGGGGUCAAGCGUGAACGGGAUCUUUCUCCCAAUACAUCCAAAGUCUGUGGCAACAACCAGCCUAUAAAGGGAAAUUGUAUUAUCCUCGCCUAUAACGUCCUUGCUUUUGCCAUUUUCGCUCGCAAUUCUUCCCGUCGCUCAGUUCCAUUUUUCUUUCAAAGGGGAGAAGAGGUAUUUUACUACAUAAGCUGUUGACUCUCCCUAUACCACAUACAUACAUGUAUGCCUAUAUAUGUAUGUAUGUAUUUUCUCUAGAUAAUUCUAUAUUCAAUUUAAUUCACUUUUUUUUUUAAAAAAAGAAAUAUUCAAGUAAGACUUUUAACAAGGGGGGAAAGAAUAUCGACAGCAAUAAGAUAUUCGUAUAUACGGAGCAGCUAAUAAUUAUACAUAAUAAUAAUAAUGAUGAUAACCUGCUUUUUUUUCAGACAAAACUAACCAAUGUAAAAAAAAUUAUUUUGUAAAUACUUUCUUCAUUUUACAGUUGUAUAAUAAGUGUAUAUGGUGUUUACUUUUUUCGAAACCUUUUUCUUACUUAGUUGUCUUGUUUUAUUAGUUGUGUUUUUUUUUGAAAUGGAAAAAGGUUGCAAUCUGUUCAACAGUCGAGAAAAAAACAAUUGAGAAAAAAAACUGUCGAGAAAAAAAACAAUUGAGAAAAAAAGUCGAGAUUUUUUUUUUUUACUUUUUUUCCAUCCAAAUUCCAACGUCGUUUUAAGACUUUCUUCUCGUCGUUUUUCAUCCGAUUUGAUUUUUUUUUUCCGGUCCUUCGUUGUAAGAUAUUUUAUGAUUCAAACGAAACGGACGCUUCCCCUCCCGCCCCCAAGCAAUCUGUGCGUUUAGAAAAAAAGGACUUUUUUGAAGAAAAGAGGAAAAAAAAUAACUCUCAGAAAAUUACGUUUAUAAUCGAGGGAGUAAAUGCUGCAAAAUUUACAAACGUGUAAAAAAAACCCCAAUUUCAGCACAUCUUUUUUUUUUUUUUUUGGUUACUUCUCCCCCAGCUGCUGCUAACAAUUUUAUGACUUGCUCUCCUGUUUUAGAACUAUUUUUAUGUAGUUGAAUAUGCUUUCUUUGUUUAUAAAUGCCUGAUUUACAAAAAAAAUAAGAAAAAAGGAAAAAAAAUAGCGUGGGGUAUUUAUCUAUUUCGCUGUGUAUCUUGAUAGUCCUUUCCAAGCUCCUUUCCCCCCCCCCCCCCCAAUUCCCUUUCCAACUCGGAAACAGAUAAUAUUAUAAAAUAAAGGACUUUAUCAGAUUAUGUAUGAAAAUAGCUAUGCUUAUAUAUACCACAGUGACUGAAUGUACAGUGUAUAGACGCAAUAUCUAAAAAUAAAAUUUGUUUGUCCAGGAAAAAAACAA